AUGGCUGCUAACACGGCAACAAGCGUAAAACUCGUUGAGCCUAAAGAUGCAACCUUCGAGUUGGCGUUAGAAAUUGCCACUAUUUUUUACGACGGAUUCCAAAAGGAUCCUCUAACGAAGCUUCUUUUCGGUCCUCGGUAUGCAAUCCCGACCCCGCCACCCUCUGGCACGCUCGGAGACUACAACAAGGUGCUUAAAUUGUUGGCGUAUGGUCAAUGGUAUCGUUUGAUUGACCCAAAUACCAAAACUUGGGUUUUGUAUGAGGGGGACAGACCGGUUGGAUUCUGCAUGUGGUUCGUUCCCCGAGAUAAGAGUGUGGCGCUCACACUUUGGCAACAGAUCAAGUCGAUUUAUGCUUGUGCACUUGCUGUCUUCUGGAAAAAUUGGUACUUUAGGUUCAGAAAGAAUCCUCCCUUCAGCAAUCCGGCAUUCUUUGAAAAUUUCAGGGAGGCUGAGGAAUAUGUCGGCUACAAAGAGCUGCUAGUUCCCGAGAAAGAACUCGCCCAUAUGUCGCGUGAAGAGUUAGCCAACGCUAGGUACUCUAAGAAAGAGUAUAGCUGGUGCCAAUUAGUGGCUCUUCGUUCAGAUUGCCAUGGCAAAGGUUACGGUGAGAAGAUGUUCAAACACUCUAUGGAGAAUAUGGUUCGCUAUGAACCCACGUUUAAAGAUGGUCAGGUGCAAUCUAAGGGCCCUGCGAAAUUUGCCCUAUUUGCUACCCAGCCUGGCCGUAAACUUUACGAAAAGCUCGGCUGGAAGGUUGUAGAUGUCUUCAAGAAGACCAUGGACGAUGGGUUUCUGAUGGAAUACCCGCUCAUGGUAUAUACUUGGAACGAUUGA